UAAACAACCGGCUGCCCGUCUCUAAUUGGCAAUCGAACUGCAGCGCCUUCAAAACUGCUAAAGUUACACGCCGCGUUUCGACCCUUUUAAUGCUCGCCGACCCCCGCUCCGCCCCUGUCGCCCCCCAGCCGUCGCCACGCGUGCAUAUGCCGGACGGGGCGAUCCAUUGGAGCCGCGGUGCGUCACGUGCCUUCCACUUGGGGAGAAAACGGGAGCGGAGAAGAGGAGAGCAGGAAAGGAGAGGAGGAUCCGCCAGGAACGGAAAGACACCUCGGAACUCGGCCAGAUGAGACGCCUCGUAGUUUCUGGCUUCUCGUCUGGUUUGUUCGGGCCCCCUCACCGAAGAUCUCCUGCCUAAUAGUGGCUCGUAAGUGCCCAUCUUGUCGCAUUUCGCGUGAUUGUCGCCGUCCUUUGUCCGCGUCUGCUAACCCCGAGACGAGACGAGGCGACAGUGUGCGUGUCGCGCAUGCGCACACUCCGAGCAGGCCCGCUCCGUGCCUAUUGUCGCCCGGAGCCGUGCUGUGGCGGUCGUACCUGAGGACAGCGCGACACCACGAGCGCGCCGCCGUUUCACGGGCAGCCCCCACCCCCUGCGCGUUCGAUUCAAAACGACCCUGAUCCGAGGUGACCAAGAUCAGUGACGCAAGAUGACCUGCCGUGGAGCGGAGAGUAGCCUUUCAGAGUCCAGCCAGGUUGUGCAGAGGACAUGUUUGCACUUCAUUUAACGGCCCCUGCUGUAGAAAAACCGAGGAUGAAGCUGAACGAGCGCAGCAUCGCUCACUAUGCCACCAGUGAUGCCCCCGCAGACAAGACAGGACAUUUGUACAAAAAGGGCGAGCGAAACCCGGCUUAUCACCGCCGCUGGUUUGUGCUGAAAGGGAACAUGCUGUUCUACUUCGAGGACAAAGACAGCAAGGAGCCCAUCGGGGUGAUCAUCCUGGAGGGGUGCACGGUGGAGCUGUGCGAGUCCUCCGAGGAGUAUGCGUUUGCCAUCAAGAUUGACUGCAUGAAAUCCCGCGUCUACAAGAUGGCGGCCGAGAGCCAGGCGGCCAUGGAGUCCUGGGUGAAAGCUCUGUCCCGAGCCAGCUUCGAUUACAUGAGGCUGGUCGUGCGCGAGUUGGAGAAACAGCUGGACGAAAUGCAGGCCCGAUGUCAGAGGAGGCAGCCCGCCGUCCGCACCAAGUCCAGACCCGGCGUUAGCAUCGGCGCCGUUCCCACGGCGAGUCCGCAGGCCUCAUACAACAGGACGAAUGAGGAGACAGUUCAGUUUAUGCCUACCGUGCCGGCUAAAGAGAACGGAGUGGCUUGGAACAAACCCAGUGAAGCGCUGAACGGAUGCAUCUACGCGGGCUACGACGGAGGCAGGCCACCUCCCGUACCCCCCCGCAGGAAGAGCGGCGGAGGCGGCACGGUCUCCGCAUUAGAGAGCCCCGUGUCUCCGGGGACGUCUUGCUUUGACAAGCUCCACGACUGGUACGGGAAAGAGAUCAUCGCCUUAAGAGACGAGUGGCUGCUCAGCCAGGUGGACGGACCGCCAUCCCACGUGUGAGCAAAGAGCAACGGAAACCAUGACAAUGCCAAAGACUUCUGCUUCUUCUUCUAAUUCUUUUUUUAGUCUCCUCUUUAUUUUCCACCUCUGUGGGACUGGUUUGUCACUUCCUGAUGGGGUCAAGCACAGAACGGGUGGCGUUUUAUUUCAGUUUGGAAAUCCUCCAGGCCAACGAGAGGCUCUUUUCUCCUGUUUGGCUCGACUCCAGACGAGUGGGUUUUGUUUUGCGUACGCAAAGGCAGACCUCGUUUCGGCUGACUUAGAGAUUUGGAAGGGCGUGUCGACCCUCAAGAAAGUGGGAGGGGCAAAAUGGAUUUUUUUGGGGAAUACACCCUGACCCUUCAUGUCAUUCUUUUCACAGAUGGUUCACACAUUCACAUCACCGUGAACACGCCACAUCUCCGAAAGGGCAGAUCCCCACAUCGAUGCGGUAGGCGUCCGUGCCCACCAACUUUGGGAUUAAUGUCGGCCACGUCAGUGGAGGAAGAGAUGUGGAGUGGCGGACUCUCAAUACCCAGAGAUACUUGAAUAAUGCGGUACACGAGCCACGUUUACCUGAAUGAAUAUAUUGAAACGUUUAGGCCGUUUAGGCCCAGGCCUUGCUUCGUCUCUAUCCUUUCUCACUUACUUAGUAGUGCCUAGUAUUUCAUUGAUUUCAAGUGUUGCGAGGAAUAUCAGAACUGAAAAAGUACCAAAAAACCCAAUUUUUGUUUUAAACAGUGCCCUACCAGCUAUUUUAAAAGUUAUUUUUCGGUACCAGAAGUAAACUGUUGUUUACAAGCACCUCGCGUUCGGUCAUUUAUUAGUACAAUGGGGAUCUGUUUGUCGAGCCUGUCGUAGUUAUAAUAAUGCACUGGAGACUCCGAGGGGCCAAAAUGCAUGGAUGUUUUACUAACGUAUUUUUCAAAAAGCAACUCUGGUAAAUCAGAGGAAACGCAUAUUUAAAUUGAAGACCUGCCUCUUCAUAGAUCAAGAGUCCCGCCUUCAAUUUAAAACCUCGAUCCUUUGCGGCUGCAUCUCCUCUGAUCGCACUGCUCUGAUUUUUCAUGAGCAUUUAUUUAACAACCAGCUGUACUACCCAUCCAAGACAGUUUGAAAUCUAAGUAAUCAACCUCAGUGUUUAACCUUUGCAAUGCACCAUCUGUUGGAAUGUAUUUUGCAAUCCAUGUAGUAAUGAGAAGCAUUGUAUGAGUCAUUCCAACAGCAUCACAAGCAUUUGUAGUAGUAAAAUGCAUGUGUCUCUGUUAUAUGCCAUUCGGUAUGGGAUUCAUAAAGGCAGAGUUAAUGUUUGUGAUGUGCCAUCUGUUAGAAUGACACAUGCAAUACAUUUAUUACUACAAAUGUUUGAGAUGCGCCAUCUGUUGCAAUGGCAGAUGCCAGUUAUUUAUCAUUUGGUAUGGGAUUCAUAAAGGCAGUGUUAAUGUUUGUGACAUGCCUUCUGUUGGAAUGACAUAUAUAAUGCAUUUAUUACUACAAAUGUUUGAGAUGCGCCAUCUGUUGGAAUGGCAGAUGCCAGCUAUAUGCCAUUUGGUAUAGGAUUCAUAAAGGCAGUGUUAAUGUUUGUGAUGUGCCAUCUGUUGGAAUGACACAUGCAAUGCAUUUAUUACUACAAAUUUCUGAGAUGCACCAUCUGUUGGAAUGGCAGAUGCCAGCUAUAUGCCAUUUGGUAUGGGAUUCAUAAAGGCAGUGUUAAUGUUUGUGAUGUGCCAUCUGUUGGAAUGACACAUGCAAUGCAUUUAUUACUACAAAUUUCUGAGAUGCACCAUCUGUUGGAAUGGCAGAUGCCAGCUAUAUGCCAUUUGGUAUGGGAUUCAUAAAGGCAGUGUUAAUGUUUGUGAUGUGCCAUCUGUUGAAAGGACAAAUACAUUGCAUAUGUCUCUGUUAUAUGCUAUUCGGUACGUAAUUUGUUUGUGCCAUCUGUUGGAAUGACAAAUGCAACGCAUAUGUCUUGGUUAUAUGCCAUUUGGUACGGGAUUCAUUUGUGCCAUCUGUUGGAAUGACAAAUGUUUUUUAUUGCUACAAAUGUUUGAGAUGCACCAUCUAUUGGAGUAACAGAGACAUAGCAACCACACAGACAUGCAGAUGCCUAUAUAUUAUUUGAUUGGGUAAAAGUGACUGCCAUGUUCCUACAGCGAGAAAAAUGUCUUCAACAGGUAGCAGUGCGCCAAGUGGACAUCCGCUUUGGUGACUGGCACAGGUUAUUACAGACACGCAGGCACUUGCCCUUUUAUUAAGGUAGAUUUUUUUUACAUUUUGCACGUUGUGAACAUACGACUGUACGACUGGGUAUGUGGACUGGACGACACGAGUAACAUGAAGUUUCUGAAAUUGCUGCGGGUCAUCCCUGUCCUAUUAGAACCUCCGCUCCUCGUGAGAUUAAAGUUUCUCCCGGCCGUUGCUCCAAACCCUGUGGGGUAAUUGACCUAUAAAAACUGAUCAGGUGGAGAGACCAAAAUUCAAAAACCGCUAAGAACAAAUGAGGUCCUCCACUUGCCCGACCGCACGUAUGUGGCACUGCUGGGUCAGUGGGGCUUCAAACGACAAGGACUGUUCUCUUUCUCCUGGUACUCGAGGCCUUAUCUCAGAUAAAUUACUGAUGCCUUAUCUGCCAGACUCCUCCAUUAUAUAGUGCCUUGCAGGGAGCGUGAGUGCCAUCUCUAAACCCUUACCGUUACAGAUAACGUUUUCCAUACUGGUGUUGGCGCUUUGCAUUUUCCUGGCCGACAGCGCCAAUGCCUGAAAUGCAGCACAACUGUGCCCAUUGAUGUAAGUCCGUGUGGGCGUGGCAUUGAGCACGAGGUGCCCGUCUGGCACCCGCAGCACAGUUGGCUGCCCAGUUCACUUGUGGUUUCUGCACUUGUGGGGAAAGUCCGGGCUGCUGUUUGUCGUCACGUCGUCUUUCUCGUUUCAUUGACACCCAGCAGCCGGAAGAACACAGCGGUCAGCGUCGUGUGGCACAGGCAGGCAGGAAGGUGCUUGAAACGUCACAGUCCGGGGUGGGGUGGGGGGCACGCAGACCACGUGGCUUUUCCAGUUGUAGCAGAGCUGCAUUUAUACAAAUAAUGACAGGCGGGUCUUGAUGACGCUGCGGCUGCCGCUUGAGCAUUCUGGAAAUGUGGUGGGCGGCGCAGGGGGGCCGAGGCCUGCUUGUUUGGUGACGAUAUGCUAAUAAACUUCAUUAAAGUGACUUCUUUAUUCUUUAA